UUUGAUAGGGAGCAAAAUGUGAUAAUAAGUAACCCUGCAGGAGCAGACGUAUCCGGAGAAAGCAGACGAGAGUUGAACAAAACUCAAAGGAAGCAGCUGACGGGGCUUAGUCGGAAUGGGUUCAUUGAUGAAUGUACAUACGAACAAAUUAUCUUGACUAACCGACAAAAACACGUUGCAAGGAACCGCUUCUGGUUUACAUCAGGAUUAUAUUAUAUUUAUUUUUUUAAUAGCAAAAAAUGCCUAAAGCUUUCUUACUUACAAACAAAAGGUACAAAAUAUGGAAACAGAUCAAAGAAAAGUUUCGGGAACAAAAAUUACGACAACAGCAUUUGCGACAGGCACGUGACACAUUGUACCAAACAGACGACACGUUGGCGGAUACAGAUUACAGCAAAUAUACGGAUAUAACAGACGACGAAGAAAUAAGCGAUGCUCCAACAAUUCCCUCGCCUGCCGCCAGUCCUACGUCAACCGCCACUUCCUCCGAUGAAAGCGACAGUGGCUUUUCGUACACCACCGAAAACCGGCCCACAUCGCUGGAUAUGGAAUUUGGGAUCAGUUGCCGACAGCAGCAUAUUUCCUUCCUCUAUGACCUAAUGACCACCCCACAAGCGAGCUUAGCAUUGAAGGAGAGCAACCCUGUCCCAUAUGACCACCCUUUUUACAAAUAUGGCGUCGGUUACCCUCGCGUGGCACCGUUGUACCCUCAACUACAUAACGCAAACAUCAGCCCGCCGCCUCCGCUGGUUAUCGCGUCUGACGAGAACAUCGGCGAGAUCCACACAUGCGCAGACUGCGGCAAGCAGUACAGCACCUCGUCCAAUCUCGCUCGUCAUCGACAGACACACCGGAUAUCCGCCGACAAGAAGGCGCGAAAAUGUCCGCACUGCGAGAAGACGUACGUGUCCAUGCCGGCAUACAGCAUGCACGUGCGCACACACAACCAGGGCUGCGAAUGCAAGUUCUGCGGGAAGCGGUUCAGCCGACCGUGGCUGCUCCAGGGUCACAUUCGGACACACACCGGGGAGAAACCGUUUUCCUGCCCGCAAUGCCGAAAAUCGUUCGCUGACAAGUCCAACCUGCGCGCGCAUGUUCAGACGCACUCGGCCGAGAAACCGUUCGUCUGCGGCCGGUGCGGAAAGGCGUUCGCGCUCAAGAGCUACCUAUACAAGCACGAGGAGUCCUCCUGUAUGCGGGGUCAAAGGUUCAAGCAGGCCGAGUAAGGAACAGGAAGUGGCGUCACAGUUACUUUAGUCACCAAUGGUUCAGAAUACGCAUGUUGUGCUAUAAUAGCGAGAUGGUAAAAUCAAAGUAUUAUACCAUAAAUUAAGAACGCUUCAUUUUUAAAAUAUGUUUAAUAUUUAAAAAUAUUAUUUGUAUAAAGGUAGUUUUUUUUAUAAUUAAGCGUUCUUUACUUCAAAAGAUGUUCGGGUAGUUUUUUAAAUUGUUACUACAUUAGUUAAGAGAAUACAUAGUCCUAUUGUUUUGAAAAUUUAUACAUAUAACAAAAAUUGAAAAUGUAUACAUAUAACAAUUAUUAAUUAAUAAUUUAACCGCUUUAUUUAUAGUUAUACUUUCAAUUUCAUGCGAACCGUUGAUGUCACAUUGUGUGCUUUUCGUGUAUUGAUUAUAUUUAUGUGUUCAAUAACAUACAAGCAUUCUACCAGAAUUACACUUCGAAGAGGGAGUCGAAACGCUAAUUCCAUAAACAAGUGCUACAAGUUACUAAGGGAUCAAUGUCAUUCAUAUAUCACCUUUUUUACCAUUUCUCAUCUUCAACAGUUUACUAAUUCAUGCAAUUUUCGUUACUAACCGUUUAAGUUUCUAAGCGACACGGAUUUGUUUUUACAAAUGAGUCGUGUUCUGAGAAAACUGGGCAUAAUGCAUGUGCGUGCAUGUCUGCAUAGGCUAAUCUGGGACGACACUUUCCGCUUUAAUGGAAUUUUUCGUUUAAAGGAAGUCCCUUUUUACGAAAAUCUAGUUUAAGCAGAAAGUGUCGUCCCUGAUUAGCCUGUGCGGACUGCACAGGCUAAUCUGGAACGACACUUUCCGCACAUGCAUUAAGCCCAGUUUUCUCAGAAUGCGUCUCAAAUAAUCCAAGCAGUUGAAGAUUUAUAGUUAUGUAAUCUAUUUGUGUACAAUUUUAGUUUGUUCGUGUGUUUUUUAAUGUUUAUACAUUAUGUCUUUUAAAGUUAUAAGAUGGGAUUUUUUUUAUAAAAAUCAAAUGAUGCACAGAUUUAUGUUUACUUUGUUUAUAUUGUUGAAAACAAUUCGUGUUUUAAUCACAAACAUUGUCUGCGUAUCAUCUUUCGAUUAGCGGUGAAAAAUAGUUACAUCAACUUAUUUUGCAAGUUUAAAUUAUUGAAAUAUAUCCAAGAAUGAACAUGUGCUAAAUGUUGCAUAUAAACUAUAGGACUUUGUAAAAUCAACAUUUUAGAAGUCGUUGGUAUGUUGCCUGAAUUUUUUUUUAAUAAGUUGAAUGAAUUAUGUUACGGUAUAUUUUUUUAUUGAUUUUUGUAUGGUUUGUGGUUUUUAUUUUAUGUUAAUUUAACAUGAGUGUUUGCGUUCGAAUUAUAUAGAUGUGUUUCCCCUAUUUUUGUAAAUAAUUCCCUAUUUAUACCGCGUGUGGUUUGUUUUAUUUAUUUUAUAUACAUAUUUAUUGAUAACUUAAUAAUUUAUUCGUAACUUAUUUACAUUCAAUAUUUAUUAAACCUGUUUAAUGUAUUCAUUAUUUAUUUGAAGAAUAUUUUGGAUCUCAAUUGUGCUUUUUCAUGCAUUUAUUACAAAUUAUUCAAAUCAUCAACAUAUUCGUCAUAAAAACACCAUAAUCAUUUUCUUCAAAACAUAGUACAAUCAUCCAAAACAAAGUAAAAUCAUCCAAAACAUAGUACAAUCAUCCAAAAUGGAGUACGAUCACAGUUGCAUAAAAUAUUUUUGUGUGUUUUAAUGUAUUUUUUCCAUAUUUUAGCCUUUAAGGUGUUGAUAUUUAUCUUUUUGCUGUGGUUUUCAUUUUUACUGUGUAUAUUUCUGAGCUAAUUCGUACCUCUGCUCGGCGUCUGCAUGAAAUGCAAAUAUUUUAGAAAUAAAAAAAAAUGGUUCCAUCAUGGUAUAACAGCCCCGCACUUGAAAAAUACCAAACAUCGGCCAUUCAUUUUGCUUGUAAGAUGGAUAUUUUAAAGCAAUUAUUGUUAGUUCUUAAAAAAUGCGUGUUUCUUUUUUCCUAGACAGGGUUUGAAGUAUCAGUGCUUUGUUUUGCAGAAUGAUUGCUUUUGAAAAGGACACCGAGUGUAAAUACGAAUUAAAUGAUGUGGUUGUAAACAUUUUUAAGACCUGGUUAUAUAAAAUUUGACCAAUCAAAAUGGAAUGUUAGGUUAUGUAGCAAAGAUGUAGCCUUCUCUGGAAUGAUUGAAAUUUAGUUGUUACGUUUAGGUCACGUGAUAAUAUUGGACAAGACAAGAAUAACACUAUACCGUGCAUGAUAUAUAUUCGGUACUAUACUUCCAUCGCUGCCUUUAUAAUAUGCCGAUUGUUAGAGUAGUUUAUUGAUAAAUACAUAGGACGAGCGGAAAUGUGUUUGCUAGUUAGCCUAACAUUUACAAGCGUCCGUUGCCUAAUAGUGUGCCUUACCACGUUAACUAUGUCGGUUCCACACGCCAUCGUAGUGCUUUUCUACCCAAUUCUCAUAUCGUUUAGAUAUAUAUUUCUAGUAGCGUGUAACCCCUAGUUGGUAAUAUAUAGACACAUUGUAGGACCAAAUCAUAUACUGUGCGGGUCUCAAGAAAUAAGUGUGGGAUAAACAAGCAAUACAUAAGCAGCGUGAAAUAGUUAUAUUAAUGGUAAUUCUUUUGACGUCAGGCUGUAAAAUUUUGACUAUAAGCAUACUAGUUAUAGGAUUAUCGUGACAUCAUCGGAACGCGAGACUCGCCCAGAAAACAUUACGUCUCACAGACGCUAAAAUUACAUCGACGUCAUUUGUUCAUUGUCAUGUUUGUAACUUAAUUUAAUUUCGAUUACAUUUCCUGUUCAUGAAUGUGUAUUAACGUAAAAGGAACAAAACUGUGUAAGAAGUUUCUUGCAAGUAUGAUAAAUCAUUUCAGUAUAAAAACCAGUUAAGAAAGUCAUGUUUUUGUGCAGAUUGCGAUUUUUCGCUCGACACCUAUUUUUAGAUAGGAAUUUACUGUGUUAUUAAUGGGAUAUCAUACUUUGUGUUUGGGUGGAUUGAUUAACGAGUACCGUUUUAUACGUUUAUUGUCUAUUUUCUGCAUUUUCAUAUCGUAUUUAGAUCAACGAACCGACACGGAGGCAGGCUAAUUUUAUGAGAUAUUACAUAUUUACCAUACUGAUAAGAUACUGUUAAUAACUAGGGUACAUUCUUGGAAUAUUUUUUUAUUACAAGCCAAUUAUGCCUCGCAUGUUUGAUUUUAGCGUAAUUUGCAAAAUAUCUGGCUUAUAAAUCUCCGCCUUAUUACUAGUGUAUGAUAAAAGACGACUAAAUAGUUAGAUUAUACACUCAAACAUUGAGAUUGGAAUGUGAUUCGUUUUGAUAUAGUAUAUUUAUCAUUAUUUUGCAAUUUUAACAACGAAAUGAAGAUAUUUGUGAAUAUUUUUGCAAU